AUGAUAAGUGGAAAUUUGUUCUACAAUCAGCCGUCGACGUCGGCUGUCGAGAGUAAUGUUUGGGUUGAAAUUCGGGAAUUAGAAUUUAAUCGCGCUGAUACUAUGGAACAGUGUUUAGCUGCUCUUGAGGCUAAUUCAUUGCCAACUUUUCCGGAUACAUCAGAUGGAUCACUGUGGUGUAACGCAACAUUUGAUACCGUUCUUUGUUGGCCUGCCACUCCAGCCAAUACAAGCAUUACUGUUCGCUGUCCGCCACUUAAAGGGCUUGACCCAGCCAAGAAUAUAACGAAAUUUUGCCAUAGUUCCGGAAGAUGGAUGGGUAAAGAAGAGGGCGAUUUCUCUCGAAUACAUGGCUGGACAAAUUUCACGAUGUGUUUUACACAAGAAGUUAUUGAUAUGAUGAUGAAGCUUACAAACGGGUCUCUUGUUAUUGCACAAGAAGUAGCCAGAAAUGCAAGAAAACUUGAAUUUGUUGGACUCGGCUUAUCGCUUUUUUCUUUACUUAUUUCUAUUGCUAUUUUUUCAUAUUUCAGGAGGCUUCGGGUUUUUCGAAAUCUUCUACACUUGCAACUAAUGAUUGCUAUUCUAAUGGUUGUGAUUAUUCGACUUAUCUUAUAUAUUGAUUUAAUUUUUACCGAUAGAUUGGGGCCAGCACAUUUGAACCAAAAUGGCAAAACAAUUAAUACUAUGGUAUUUGUUUGCGAGUCGAUGUUCUUUUUACUUGAAUAUUUCAAAACAGUUGCCUUCUGUUGGAUGUUUCUCGAAGGAUUCUAUUUGCACAAUCAACUUGUGUUCACUGUAUUCAAUGCUGAACCACAAUUAAUGCCAUACCUAUUUGUUGGCUACGGUUGCCCACUUGCACAUACAUUUUUUUGGCUUGCUGUCGUACUAUAUAAGAAACGGGGCAAAGUAGAAAGGUGUCUUGGUUCUUAUUAUUUAGAACCAGAAUUUUGGAUACUUGAUGGGCCAAGAAUGCUUGAACUUGUUAUAAAUUUGUUUUUUAUUUGCAAUGUUAUACGGGUUUUAUGGACAAAAGUGCGCGAAACCCACAACACUACCGAGGUCGAUCGAAUGAAAAAAAGUGUUAAAGCAGCGCUUAUGUUGGUUCCUUUGUUAGGAAUUCCAAAUAUAAUGCAAACGAUACCCUUCUCACCCACUCAGUAUAAUAUAAUGUAUUUUGCGAUAUGGACUUACUGUGCUUCAUUCACUUACAUGUACCAAGGGUUUAUGAUAUCCAUAAUAUUUUGUUUCACUAACAAAGAGGUGCAAAGCGUGUUAAAAACAUUUUAUGGACGAUAUAAACUGCAACAUACAAGUUCAAAUAAUUUGCGGCGAGGGAGCAGAGCUUUAGGGAACUUUCGACAAAAAGACGAUCUAACUAAUAGUACGGCAACUAAUGGAAAUUAUUUAGUUGACCGUUAUUGUAAGAAAGGUAAAAAAAAAUCGGAUUGUUCAGCAAAAAAUCUUAUGAAUUCCACAGUACCAUCGGUGAGAAUUUUUAAACACUUACUGUAA